AUGGUUAACUGGGAGCAAAUUCUGUAUUCCGCCCAGGUGGCUGGAGCUGGGAUUGCUUUGUUCCUACAUUAUAUACUUAUUAAACUUAUUAUAAACCAUUCGCCAAAGGAGAUUGGAGACUAUAAAAACUUGAUGUUAUUUAUUUCAGUUUUUGAAAUAAUCUAUGCGAUUCUUGAUGUUAUUGUUCAACCGAUUUUUCACUCAUUUGAAUCUACUUUCAUGCUCAUCGUGGACACAUCUUCAUCCAAAGUGAACAAAAAACUUUGGGAAAUUCUUGCAGUCAUCUACUGUGGCUUCUACGGAUCUUCCCUGGCAAUCUUCUCCAUCCAUUUUGCAUACCGCUACUGGGUAGUCAGUGGAACACAUCAAACUGUGCUUAACUCAUUUCAUAAGACAACAGUCUUAAUUUGGCUAAUUGCCCCAUUUUCCGUUGGCCUAAUUUGGGCUCUUGUCGGUUAUUUUUUAUGUUAUCCGAGAGCGAGUACAACGGAACAUUUAAACGAUAAUGUUCGCGCAAGGCUUGGUUUGAAUAUCAGCGAUAUUGUGUAUUUUGCACCUUAUUUUUAUGAGAAAAACGAGAUGGGUCAAAAUGUGAUAUACUGGCCAUCGUUCAUUGGAAUUAUGCUGGACUCGAUGAGCAUUAAUAUUUCAUUAAUGUUUUCGGCGUAUUUCGGAAUAAAAUGCUGGCUAAGAAUGGACGCAAUUUUUUCAAGCUCUUCUACUCAUUUUCAAAAUCUUCAUAGCCAGUUGUUCUAUGCUUUAGUGGCACAAGCUAUGAUUCCCAUUUUCCUAAUGCAUAUUCCUGCUCUCACAAUGUUCAUUUUCACGUUUCUGAACUUUGAUGCCGGUUUUUUGAGUGGAACAGUGUCGCUGACAAUCGCAUUGUUCCCAACACUAGAUCCACUUCCAACUAUGCUAAUUUUUUGCCAUUAUCGAAAAGCAAUUACCAAUUAUAUUCGAACUCGAUACAAAAAAGUCCGAAAAACAAAGUUUUGUAGAUGCCUGGUGGCCAAGAAGUCUAGAAACCCCAAUUCAUCUAUUACACUUUGA